GACACGCGCAAGAGUCUUAAAGAUCUGAAUUCAGAAAAUUUUCUCGGGAAAAUUCUGAGGGAACGAUCGAUAAAUUUUGACAACGGAGAGGUGUUUCGUUUUUGCUGAUCAGCAGAUUACUUCCUUCUUUUUUCGGAUUGAUCCUUUUGGAUUCUUCGAAAGAUGGACCCUAACCAGAUUCAGGCACCAGUUGAAAAUUAUGCAAACCCAAAGACAUGUCUUUUCCAUGUUCUCUUCAAGGGUGCUGCGUUGGCGUUUUACAUUCUCUCUGCUCUCUUCUUCAACAGCUUUGUCAUAAUCUUUGUAGUCACUGUUCUUCUUGCUGCCCUUGACUUCUGGGUAGUUAAGAAUGUGAGUGGGCGUAUACUGGUCGGUCUGAGGUGGUGGAAUGAGAUCAACGAUUUGGGGGAAAGUGUGUGGAAAUUCGAGUCUCUUGACCAGGAGUCCUUGGCUCGGAUGAACAAGAAAGACUCAUGGCUUUUCUGGUGGACACUUUACCUUGCGGCAGCUGCUUGGUUUAUCCUAGGGGUAUUUUCUCUGAUAAGGUUUCAAGCUGACUAUCUGCUAGUUGUUGGCGUUUGUUUGUCCCUAAACGUGGCUAAUAUCAUUGGCUUCACAAAGUGCAAGAAAGAUGCAAAGAAACAGUUUCAGCAAUUUGCCUCUCAGACAAUCGCAUCACGGUUCCAAUCAACUGUACAAUCUGCCUUCACCCUUGUCUAAAGAGAAGAAAGACGCAGAGCAAAAGACAGUGUACAAAGAAAGAUUGCCAAAACGACACCGUUGGUUUUUUGACUGAUUGUUUUCCAAUGUUUUGUAAGGGGUUAAGAGGUCCUAUAUUACGUCUUUCUAUGUAUUUUACAUUUUAGACUUUACCUAUUAACAUUUUGCAUCUCAUAUGGUCUUACCAUUACGUAUACAGUAUUUAGCUCAAAAGAAAAUUAAGAAUUUGUUUA